AGAGGAAUCGCAAUUGCUCAGUUCUGCAAAGAUUUCAAUGAGAGGACAAAGGACAUAAAGGAAGGUGUUCCCUUACCAUGCUCUAUUGUUGUCAAGGGUGACAGAUCUUAUGACCUGGAAAUAGGCACACCUCCAACUACUUACUUCCUUAAGUGUGCAGCUGGAAUUCCAAAGGGUGCAAUGUUUCCAGCGAAGGAGAUCGCGGGCAAGGUGACACUGAAGCAUGUCUACGAGAUCGCGAAGAUCAAGGCAGCCGACUACUACCUGCAGAUCUACAGCCUGGAGGCGGUGUGCCGGCAGGUGAUCGGCACCGCGCACAGCAUGGGCAUCCGCGUCGUCCCGCGGCUCGACGCAGACGAGUACGGCGCGUUCCUCGAGCGGCGGCGCGAGGUCGUCGCCGAGCAGCAGCAGGAGCUCGCCGAGAAGCGGCAGGCGAAGAUGCUGCGCACGGGGUAGCCGUGGCAACAAGGAGAAUAAUGUGCGGGGGGCGUAGCGACGACGACGCUGUGGGGGAGAUACAGCAAUGACGCUGCGCACUGAGUAGCCGCAGCAACGACAAUGCUGCAUGGGGGAGACGCGGCGUCAUGGAUGGUCGGUGUGUCAGUACAUGUCUUUAGCAUGGCUUCACCAGUGCGGGGUAGUGGGUAGAGUCGGUGUGGGCUUCCCAGCUGGAGUGGGUGUGCCGUCCACGGUAGCAUCGGUGUGGCCUUGCUGGUGCGGCCUUACCCCUUCGUGAUCUCGUAGGUCGGCAGUAUGGCUGUCAGUGUGGUGUUUACAUACUCUAGAUGUGCGUUGUGACGGUCAGCUGGAAUGCAGCGUAGCUCCUUCCGCAAUUGGUUGUGCACUAGUAAGAGUGAUGGAAACUUGUUCAGCGACUGGCCUCGAAGAAGUGAAUGGCCACGAAUAGUCAUAGGAUUUAGAAUGUGAUAGGUGCAUUGUUAUGCGCAAUGGAACUUGAGUUCGGAUGAACGCAAGCUCAUGAAAUCGCGUGUGCUGUCGUUAAUAGUGUUAUAAAUGCUGAGUAUAUGGCUCAGCAUUGUAUAGUUUUCGGUACGCACGUUAAAACUAAAAUACUUAAAGAAGUAUUACUUUUGUAAGAUACUGUGAAAAAUAUAAGCAAGACUUGAGAAGUCAGAUAAUAUAAA